AUGCCAAAUACCGGAGGGGUCCGGGCAAGCAAAAGAAGGGUGAUGGCGUCGGCGGUCAUGUCCGGACUGUUGUAUGCGGCCGAGGCAUGGCAGGCGGCAACGAAGUGGGCGAGUGCGAUGGCCAUCAUGAACCGGGUGAUCAGGCUGCUGGCAGUCCGGAUAUGUAGCGCAUAUAGGACGGUGCAGGCCGACGACGUCAUGGUGGUGGCUGGUGGCUGGGAUCUGUCCGGCGGAGGUCGCGGUGGAGGCGAGGGCAAAGAGGUGGGACAAAGAAAAGGUGUACGCGGAGUGGCAGGCGAGGGGGGAAAGGAGAAAAUCAUGGACGAAGACACUCAUCCCGGAAGUGCGGGAGGGUUUUUGACCGGACACGGGGAAAACAAAGUCUACUUGAAGAGAAUGAAGAAGAGAGAGGACGACAGGUGCGAGGAUUGCGGAGAAUUAGACGUGCCGGGCCACGCGGUUUUGAGGUGCGUGCGCUGGGAGAGAGAGAGAGUGGCGGUAGAGAUAGCGAUCGGGGAGCGAUUGGAAGAGACAAAUGUGGUGAGGAUAAUGCUGAGGGAGAGCGAGAAGUGGGAGGCCGUGGCGAGGCUGGUACAGAACAGCG